UUUAGCCGGUCAUGACAUCAUACGAUGAAGGAUCCCCGGUUAAGGCACUUAUUGUUGAGGAUUCGGCUGUUGAGACCAGGGUUCACUCCGCCAUACUGCGUAAGUUCCAAUGUGAGAUUACUACCGCUAAGAAUGGGAAAGAAGCAGUGCAACUAUUCCUCGAGGGGAAGAAGUUUGACAUUAUUUUUUGUGACAAGGACAUGCCCGUAAUGUCUGGGCCUGAGGCAAUUGAGAAGAUCCGUGCUUUGGGAGAAAUUCAUGUGAAGAUUGUUGGAGUAUCAGUUGGUGAUAAUGCCCAAGAGGCGUUCAUGAGGGUCGGCGCUGAUGAAUUUUUGCCCAAACCAAUGGACAUUGAUGUUGUCGGGGCUAUAAUUCAGGAGGUCAUCAAGAAGAAGAAGAAUAACAACAUGGUCUAAGCCUAGCCAAGUUUCCUAUAUAAAUGGAGGGAAUAACAUGUUGAGCUUAUAUAUGUAUGAGCAUGCCUGCUUUGUCGUAUUUGUCUAGUUCUAUCGUAUUUUCAUCUUCUUUCCAGGUUCAUGUUAAAGAUUGUGUUUAGCAACAAGGACAAGAGAGGCUACCAAUAAUUAGGUUGAAUCCAUGUAAUAUGUAUCUCCUUCAAGUUUAAUGCAUUAACUUUAGAUUAA